AUGGAUGGGAAAGCUGAAGGACAUAAACAUGUGCAAAGGGAAAUGGAUAGAGAUGAGAUAUGCUUUUUCGACUUGAUUGAUCUGAUCGAGGGUUCUGGGUACACAUUAGUCGACUAUCUAUACUACAAGAGAAAAGAUAGCUUGGUUGUAAUAGAACAAGAUUUUGAUGUGAUGGAAAUGCUCAACGAGUGUGAGAGCGAAAAGACGCAUAUCCAACCCCACCGUGGAAGAGGAGGUAGAAAGAAAAAGAAAGGAUUACAUGUAAUGCAUACUGAAGCACUAUAUGCUAACGAGGUUGAGCAGCACGAUGAUGAAAACCAAAACACAUCAGGUGAUGGCGAUGAAGUACCUGAUAAACGAAAGGGGACCAUUUUAACACAUGUUUGGGAUCUACUUGAAGGAGAUCGGAUAGUAACAAAGUUCUUAUAUCCUCGUUCAUGUGAGAAAUGGAUAUUGAAAUCAAUUGGAAGAGAUUGGAGAAAACACAAGGCAACAUUAAAAAAUACACUAUUUAAUCCAAAGAAGAAAAAAUAUGUUUUGAGCAGGCGUUGUCUAGAUGAUAUCGAUGAAGAUCAAUGGAAGGCCCUAACCCUAAGUGAGAGGAACAAAAUAAGUCGUGAAAUGAAGAAGACAACACAUACAACGGGUACAAAGAGUUAUGCUCGUUGGUCUGAGGAUAUGGUUGAACUGGAUAAUCUCUUACACACACAACUAGAGUUAGCACAAAAUAGUGAGGGAGGAGUUGCAUGGGAAGGUGAUGCAGUACAUCAGGUGUUGGGAGAAGAGAAAGCUGGACAAGUGCACCGCAUGGGAUUGCUUCCAGUUCCUAAACAAGUUUAUGGUCGAAAAACAUACCAUUUUAAGGACAUUAAUAUAGUUUCACUAGAUGGCUCAUCAUCUGAUGUAGAGACUCACAUGUUAGAGGAAAUAAGGCAACUCAAAGAGCAUUCUAGAAUGCAAGACAAAGUUAUUGAAGAACUAAAAAACAAUCAAAGGCACCAUGAGAACCAAGAAGCAACAAUGGUACCAAUGGAAAUUGUGCUAGGAGUGAUCAUAACAAUUGUCAGAAUCAAGCGGUGCUUCCUAAAAGAAAGAGAGUUCACUGUGUUGCACCCAACCAGAAUGAUGGAUUCCUUGAGCACAGGGAUGGAUUGGUAA